CUUUUCUUCGUUCUUUUCCUCUGCAGGCAUGGUUGCAAAGCUGGUAGCAAUCCUUAUCGUCGGAGUCCUCGCCGGAGCCCUUCCGGGGCCGGUGCUGUCUCAGAACUGCGGCUGUGACGCUGGCCUGUGCUGCAGCCAAUAUGGGUACUGUGGCACCGGCAAUGACUACUGCGGCACCGGCUGCCAAGCCGGUCCUUGCUAUUCACCGCCUAGUGGUGGAGGUGGUGGUGGGAGUGGUGUUUCGGUCCCAGAUGUUGCGACGGAGGAGUUCUUCAAUGGGAUUCUUAACCAAGCUGACGCGAGCUGCGCCGGGAAGAACUUCUACACGCGUCGCGCCUUCCUUGAUGCCCUCAAUUCGUACCCUCAGUUUGGCCAGGGUGGCUCUGCUGACGACUCUAAGCGCGAGAUCGCUGCUUUCUUUGCUCAUGUCACCCACGAGACUGGACACUUUUGCUACAUUGAGGAAAUAGAUGGUCCAUCCAAGGACUAUUGUGAUGAGAGCAACACUCGAUAUCCUUGUGUGCCUGGGAAGGGUUACUAUGGUCGUGGGCCGAUUCAGCUAUCAUGGAACUAUAAUUACGGACCAGCAGGAGAGAGCAUAGGGUUCAACGGCUUGAAUAAUCCUGAAACUGUGGCUAAUGAUGCAGUUGUUUCAUUCAAAACAGCCCUUUGGUUUUGGAUGAAUAAUGUACACUCUGUCGUAAGCCAAGGGUUUGGUGCAACGAUCCGAGCCAUCAAUGGCAUGGAAUGCAAUGGAGGAAACAGCGGUGCCGUCAACGCACGUGUCGGGUAUUUCAGAGACUACUGCAAUCAAUUUGGUGUUUCCCCUGGUGACAAUAUUUCUUGCUAGGAAAAGUUUCAUCGAAGCACUUAGAUUUAAUAACAUGUGACCCAAAAGGAUAUAAAGAGUUUUCAGUAUGAAACUCUCCUUUUUAGGGUUGUAUUAUCAAUCAUGUAGUAGUUUUUAGCAAGGUUGUAUCAUCCUAAUGUUGCAACAUGAAUGAAAAAUAAGAAAUAAUUUAUGAAAAAAAUACCCAAAAAU